AUACAGUCAUAGCCUCAAGAACCGUCUCCGCCUAGGUUACGCUGCGCUGGUCACUGCGUUAUCCUCUUCUCCCUCGCCCCUCUCUCUCUCUCAAGUUUCAAUAUAAAAACCUGGACUUUAAUAGUUUCGCAACUCCGGAGGGUUUGAGAAAUAUCGUAGACAAACAUGGCGUCUCAAUCCGCCAAUCUGUGGGUUCUACUGGGUUUGGGUUUGGCAGGAAUUCUGUUUAUGACAAGGAAGCUUAAGAAGACCAUCAGAGAAGACUUUGGUGCCUUUAUUGAGAGGCUUCAGCUUCUCCCUCCUCCUCAGCCUGCUCCUCCUAAAGCUCCGCAUCCCCUCACCGGCCUCACCUUCGCCGUUUCUGACGUAUUUGAUAUUGAGGGACAUGUAACUGGUUUUGGUCAUCCUGAUUGGGAAAGAACACAUGAUGCAGCUUCUCGGACGUCUCCUGUGGUUUCAGUUCUUGUCGAAGGAGGUGCCACAUGCAUUGGGAAAACCGUUGUGGAUGAAUUGGCAUAUAGUAUUAGCGGAGAAAAUAAGCAUUAUGCUACCCCCACCAAUCCGGCAGCAUCUUCAAGAACACCAGGUGGAUCCUCUAGUGGAGCUGCUGUGGCUGUAGCUGCCAAUCUUGUUGACUUUUCACUGGGUAUUGAUACUGUCGGUGGCGUUAGAGUACCUGCUGGGUCUUGUGGCGUUAUAGGAUUCCGACCUUCACAUGGGGCUGUUUCUCACAAUGGGAUUAUACCUGUUUCUACAAGUCUUGAUACCGUUGGAUGGUUUGCUAAGGAUUCUAGUGUCCUACGUCGUGUUGGACAUGUUCUGCUGCAACUUCCUUAUGCAGUUUCACGCAGUCCAAGACAAAUUGUAAUAGCUGAUGAUUGCUUUCAACAAGUAAAGAUUCCUGUUGACAGAAUUGUUCAAGUGGUCACCAAAUCCACUGAGAAGCUUUUUGGCAGACAAGUAUUUAAACAUGAAAAUCUAGGGGACUAUUUUAAUUCAAAAGUCCCAAGCUUGAAAGAGUUUCAUGGCCCAAAGACAAAUGGUGAAGUCAAGACUUCAUCCAUAAAAUUGCUUGCCAAUGUUGUGCAGCUUCUUCAAAGACAUGAGUUCAGACAUAAUCAUGAGGAAUGGAUUAAUUUGGUGAAACCUGUAUUGGAUUCUGCUACUUCAGCACAAAUAUGUGGACCACUGGACGCAUCAGAUGAGGAGAUUGAGAUCUGCAAGUCAAUUAAGAAUGAAUUGCAUGCAGCUGUCAACUCUUUAUUGAAGGAUGAUGGAAUUUUGGUGAUCCCAACUAUAGCAGAUCCCCCUUCAAAACUUGGUGGGAAGGACAUCCUCUCUGAAGACUUCCGGAGCCGUGCUUUUGGUCUAUUAAGUAUUGCUAGCCUGUCAGGUUGUUGUCAGGUCACAGUACCGCUGGGAUCUCAUGACAAGUAUCCAGUUUCAGUUUCAUUCAUAGCCAGGCAUGGGGGUGAUCGCUUUUUACUAGAUGCACUGCACACUAUGUAUGCAUCUUUACAAGAGCAGGCUGAUAUUGCUUCAAAAUCCAAAUUAUCCAAAAAUGCUCUCACCAGGGAGCAAUCUGCUGAAAUUGCCAAGGAAAAGGGAAACCAAGCCUACAAAGACAAAGAGUGGCACAAGGCUAUUAACUUUUAUUCAGAAGCUAUCAAACUUAGUGGAAAUAAUGCGACCUAUUACAGUAACAGGGCUGCAGCAUAUCUUGAAGUUGGAAGUUUCCUUCAAGCUGAGGCAGAUUGUACUAAAGCUAUCAACCUUGACAAAAAGAAUGUGAAGGCUUAUUUACGAAGAGGCACUGCAAGGGAGAUGCUUGGUUACUAUAAGGAGGCAAUUGAAGACUUUAAGUAUGCACUUGUACUCGAGCCAACCAACAAAAGGGCAUCCCUUUCUGCUGAAAGAUUGAGGAAGCUGUUUCAGUAGGUGACCAAGUCUAAGGCAUGCCUACUGGAAGCACAAGAACAAGAUUUUGUUUUGAAAGUACUUGAAGUGUGCUCUGCCGAUAAGACCCAUUCAGACAGGCAACAAUCUAAACCAUUCGGACGAGAAGGGAUGUGUUUGAGUGGAGUUGAGAUUCUUCACUCUCACUCUUAAUCAAGUUGUUUUCAGGGGUCUGAACUAUUGUUUGAUUUGAUCAGUUUUUAGGAGCUUUAGAUUAUUAUUGUCACCAAAAUAUGUAACUAUAGUCCAAUUUUGUUUCUCUAAGAUUACGGUUGUAAUUCUAGCUUCGAGGUGAGGUUUAAAGCUCAUUAAUGGCUGAGCAGAGUAAUUACAUUUUUUAGCUCUGUUGUCACGAUUUUUAGCAGUUCACUUUUUAUUUGAAGUUAAACUUCCGCUGCUCGUGUAUAUGGCGUUCGCCUUGUUACCAAUGAGCUGGUAAUCAUGCAAAGAAUCUGGCACUUGUGGAUGA